AUGGCGGCUGGAGCGGCGAACCACAGGACCUAUGCAGGACACUAUGCAGCCGGUGCAGUCUUGGUCAGAAGUGAUCUCAACCAGGCCGCGGAUUUCAUUGGUGAAGGCAAGAGAGGCGUAAAACUCACAAGAACAUCGACAAUCAGAGUGUCAGAUGUCGUCGUCUCCGCUGAGGACACUGGUGGAGAGGACCUCUUAGAAGAGCUUUUGGCGCCAACCAAGGUGAUGAACAGAGGUGAACAAGGAACACAUGUAAUACUCACUCAGCUACACGGGCACCACCACUGUAGCCUGAGAGCCUUUGAUGUCAUCCACAUCCUCACAGGCCAUUUCCUCAACAAAUGUGGUCUCAUUCACAACCUUAUUCUCCACAAUGUAGUUGCAUAUGGCUUCAAAUAUAAGCUCCUUCACUUCCUGAAGCCUCUCUUCAGACAAAGAAGCCUCAGCCAGAAGUCUCCAAGCAUUUUCUUCGGACGCAUUCUCGUAAUCCUCUUUUCUCUUCAAGACCAUAUGUCCACUUAUCUCCCAAACAGCAGGAUUAACCUGAGUUUCGAGUACCUCAGCACUCACUUCACCCAGAGCUUGUUUCUCUGCAUAACACUGAGCCACAAAUUUAAGCAGAUGCAGGCACUUGAUACAACUCUUGAUAAAUCCUCCAGAGUGUUCCCACCCUCAAAGACGAAGCCUCUGACCGGAUACUCGAGGAUGUACGAGAUUCUCACACCACCACUCGUGGUGAUUAUUUCCUUCAAAGGAGCUCUUUCAACUGGGAAAGAUAAGGCCAAGUAG